AUGGACAAAACAACGGUCCAAGUCAAAGGCUUGAAAAUUGCGCCUCCAGGGGGAGCCGGAUCUAUCGAGGAGCUGGAAGAGUAUAUCAACAAGCUGCUUGAGCAGCUCCAAGGCAUUGCAGACACCUCCACAAAGAAAAAAGGGCCUAAUUCCGGGUUCGAACAGAAGUGGUGGAACGAGGACGUCGGUCCAGCGUCUAAAGAUAACAAGAAGCUUUGGGAUCUUGAAAGGGCGGCACGGCUGCGCGGGUUCAAAUCACGAGAGGCAGAAACGCUCCCGCCCUUAAGGAAACCCGGCUCCAUGGGAGGCCUGACAUCUAAGUUCGACGAGCAGGUAGAUAUCCUAUCAGGGAAAUUCUUCCCUUCCCCAAUAGCAGACCUGUCCGAUAUCCCGGAAGAUUUCGAUACCGGACUAGACCCCUUUGAAGGAAAGUUUGUCAUAAGCAGGAAGGUGGACAAGACGGACAUUAAGGCAGUUCUUGACUUAAUGAAGCCCUGGAAGGCCCCAGGCUGGGACUUUCUACCAGCAGGAUUCCUUAAAGCGUGUGGCAAACCGCUGAGAGUGGCCCUGGCGGAGGUCGUAGAAUGCUCGUUCGUUCUGGACGAGCGGCCGAAGCAGUUCAAAAUGGCAUCAAUAAUGGUAUUACUGAAAGCUGGAAAGACACCAGAAGAGAAGGCUCUUCCAGGGGCCUACCGGUCCAUUGCGCUCCUUAGCUGCAUGGGAAAAGUCAUAGAGAAGGUUAUUAGUAACCAUAUGAUGGAGGCAGCGGAGACACACGGGCUCCUUCCCAAGGGCCAAAUAGGGAACCGUAAGGGCAGGUCGACAGAACAUGCGAUCCGCAUGGUAGUCAAAGCAGUCCAUACAGGAUGGAGCUACAGCGCAGUAGCAACGCUGAUGCAGCUGGACAUCAUGGGGGCCUUCAAUGCUGUCGUCUUUACGCGGCUCCGCCACAUUCUGUGGAAAAAGGGAUACCCCAUGUGGAUUAUCAGAUGUAUGAAAAGCUAUACUAACGGACGGUUGACUAAGCUCUUUUUUGAUGGAAAGAGUCAGCAGCCCGAGAGUUGA